UCUCUCACUCUGAUUUUUUUUUUUUUAAGAAAUAAUUAAAUAAAAAAGCUAGGCACAGAUGCAGUAAUUAUUUAAUUACUUUAUUUAUUCAGAUUUCCUCCACAGUCCACGCACUCAUUGCUUCCUUCUUCGGUUCUUCUUCAUCACCCAGAACCCGAAGAAAUAAAGAAACCCAUUUAGCUGAAGUAGUCUCCCUCUCUCUCUCUCUCUCUCUCUCUCUCUCUCUCUCUCUCUCAGCAAUGGGAGCUUCAAAGACCAAAACUUUACCACAUUUUCCAUCAUUUCGCUUCAUUUUCUCACUUUUCCUCACACUUCCGGCACUUUCCUCCCAACCCAUUUCUUCAGCUCAGCGGCAGCAACCCAUCAAAACUGUCGUCGUUUUGGUCAUGGAAAACCGCUCCUUCGACCACAUGCUGGGUUGGAUGAAGAAAUCCGUCAACCCAGCCAUCAACGGCGUCACUGGCAAAGAAUGUAACCCGGUCUCCACCAAACCCGAUGAGCCGACAAAAUCCAUCUGCUUCUCCGACGACGCCGAGUUCGUGGAUCCGGAUCCGGGUCACUCAUUCGAAGCGGUUGAGCAGCAGGUUUUCGGGUCGGGUCCCCUCCCGUCAAUGACCGGGUUCGUGGAACAAGCAUUGUCAAUGUCCCCAAACCUCUCUGAAACCGUCAUGAAAGGCUUCAGACCGGAAUCCGUCCCGGUCUACGCGGCCCUGGUCCGCGAAUUCGCGGUGUUCGAUCGAUGGUUCUCUUCAAUUCCCGGUCCGACCCAACCGAACCGGCUGUUCGUCUACUCCGCAACUUCCCACGGCUCGACCAGCCACGUCAAGAAACAAUUAGCUUCCGGGUACCCACAAAAAACAAUCUUCGAUUCGGUCCAUGAAAACGGGUUGGAUUUCGGGGUGUACUUCCAGACCACCCCGACAACAAUGUUCUACCGAAACAUGCGGAAACUGAAGUACACUUUCAAGUUCCACCAGUACGAUUUGAAGUUUAAGAAAGAUGCUCGAAAGGGGAAGCUCCCGAACUUGACGGUAAUCGAACCGCGUUACUUCGACCUCAAGGGGAUGCCGGCGAACGACGACCACCCGUCGCAUGAUGUCGCCAAUGGUCAGAGGUUGGUUAAGGAUGUUUAUGAGACAUUGAGGGCGAGUCCUCAGUGGAAUGAGACGCUUUUGGUGAUUACGUACGACGAGCAUGGCGGUUUUUUCGAUCACGUCCAGACUCCGUAUGUUAAUGUUCCGAACCCGGAUGGGAAUAGCGGUCCGGCUCCUUAUUUUUUUAAGUUUGAUCGGCUCGGAGUUCGGGUGCCGACGAUUAUGGUGUCGCCGUGGAUUAAGAAGGGGACUGUGAUGAGCGGUCCUCAAGGACCUACACCGAACUCCGAGUUCGAGCACUCCUCGAUCCCAGCCACCAUAAAGAAAAUCUUCAACCUCAACUCUAACUUCUUAACUCACAGAGACGCAUGGGCGGGGACGUUCGAGCAAGUUGUUGGGCAAUUAUCUUCUCCCAGGACUGACUGCCCAGUGACCUUGCCGGACGUAGUGCCUUUGAGGAAAACUGAGGCCAAGGAAGACGGUAAUUUAUCGGAGUUUCAGGGCGAGGUAGUGCAGUUAGCGGCUGUACUCAACGGCGACCACUUCUUAAGCAGCUACCCGGACGAAAUGAGCACGAAGAUGAGUGUGAGGGAAGCUCAUGAGUAUGUCAAAGGUGCAGUUUCAAGGUUCAUUAGAGCAAGCAAAGAGGCUAUAAAUUUGGGAGCAGAUGAGUCAGCAAUUGUUGAUAUGAGAUCUUCCCUCACAACUAGGUCAUCAAAUAUUAAAAAUUAAAUUGGGUCCUCCAGAAAGGGAGAUUCAAACCUGCAUUAUUCGGUUUUAUAAAACUAAAAUCCAUGGGCAUGUUUAUGCAAACAGAAAGGAAACUGCAAUUAAUUCUAAUUCCUUGGG